UUUCCAAGCCUCGCGUCUUCGGGCUUUGUCGUUUACCUCCGUAGCUAGUUGUUGCUCGUCUGAGGUCUAAACGAUGAUUGACAAUAAUGGCGACGCGUUCAAUCUGAGGUGACUCCAGGGAACCAUCUCUGGCUGACAAAGGGAACAUCGUGGAUUGAUCGUCAGCGCCAUACACAACACCAUUAAGGAUUAACAACCACCUCAACGAGGAGGACUUGCUAGCCAGGAGAGGUUUAUCUUGCUAGCACUGCGAUAGCUAGCAACUCGGCUCGCUAGGUGGUAUUCUUGUGUGGAGUGGAGGAGAGGGACAGGGAGCUUGCUGAGUAUCUUGCAAAGCUAGAAAUGAGGCUACUUAAUAGCCUUUAUGGUAGUUAGGUUAUUAUUCUCAGAGGCAGCACUGAGGAGGCACUGGCUUACAGUUAACAUUAGCUUGUGGGAGUAGUUUAGUAGUCCAGUACCUUCCUUAGGCAGCUAACUUAGCAACUUAGCUAGCAAGCUAGCUUUGUGGAUUGUUCCAGUCUCUUUCCUGUUAGGACUUGCUCCCACUUGCGUUUGGAAACUGUCCACCAGCGCACCCAUAGCUGGCUAGCAAAGACGGCUAGCUUGCUAACUUGUAAGAAUUGCUGUGGCAUUUCGAGAUCUUUUCGUAAAUGACCACCGGCAGGAACAACCGGGCGAUGAUGGAAGGAGUUGGAGCGAGAGUGGUCCGCGGACCUGACUGGAAGUGGGGGAAGCAGGAUGGCGGAGAGGGACAUGUUGGUACCGUCAGGAGUUUUGAAAGUCCGGAGGAAGUGGUUGUUGUCUGGGAUAAUGGGACGGCUGCUAACUACCGUUGUUCUGGAGCAUACGACGUGAGGAUAUUAGACAGUGCACCAACAGGCAUCAAGCAUGAUGGAACCAUGUGUGACACCUGCCGUCAACAGCCCAUCAUUGGUAUUCGCUGGAAAUGUGCUGAGUGCACCAAUUAUGACCUCUGCACAACCUGUUACCAUGGAGACAAGCAUCACCUGAGACACCGGUUCUACAGGAUCACCACCCCGGGCAGUGAGAGAGUACUUUUGGAGUCGCGUCGCAAAUCAAAAAAAAUCACAGCCAGAGGGAUAUUCACUGGUGGCCGGGUGGUGAGAGGAGUGGACUGGCAGUGGGAGGAUCAGGAUGGAGGCAACGGAAGGAGAGGAAAGGUGACAGAAAUUCAAGACUGGAGUGCAGCCAGCCCUCACAGCGCUGCCUACGUACUUUGGGACAAUGGGGCCAAGAACCUGUACAGAGUUGGCUUUGAGGGAAUGUCGGAUCUGAAAUGUGUCCAGGAUGCCAAAGGAGGCUCCUUUUACAGGGACCAUUGUCCUGUUUUAGGUGAGCAGAAUGGCAACAGAAAUCCCGGUGGUCUACAGAUUGGAGACCUGGUGAACAUUGACUUAGACCUAGAGAUUGUCCAGUCCCUCCAACAUGGCCAUGGUGGAUGGACUGAUGGCAUGUUCGAGACCCUCACCACCACUGGCACAGUAUGUGGCAUCGAUGAGGAUCACGACAUCGUGGUUCAGUACCCCAGUGGGAACAGAUGGACAUUCAACCCAGCAGUGCUGACAAAGGCCAACGUGGUCCGCAGCGGUGAAGUUGCAGCCGGGGCAGAGGGAGGCAGUUCCCAGUUCCUAGUGGGAGACCUGGUCCAGAUUUGCUAUGACAUCGACCGCAUCAAGCUGCUACAGAGAGGCCACGGAGAGUGGGCUGAGGCGAUGCUGCCUACCUUAGGCAAGGUGGGUCGUGUGCAGCAAAUCUACUCUGACAGUGACCUGAAGGUUGAGGUUUGUGGAACUUCUUGGACGUACAAUCCUGCUGCUGUCACCAAGAUCGCCCCCUCUGGCUCUGCUGUCAGCAACGCCUCUGGAGAGCGUCUGUCUCAGUUGCUGAAGAAGCUAUUUGAGACACAAGAGUCUGGAGACAUCAAUGAGGAGCUGGUAAAGGCAGCAGCCAAUGGAGACCUGGCCAAGGUGGAAGACAUCCUUAAGAGACCGGAUGUGGACGUGAAUGGGCAGUGUGCUGGACACACUGCGAUGCAGGCAGCCAGUCAGAAUGGUCAUGUGGAUGUCUUAAAGCUGCUGCUUAAACACAGUGUGGACCUGGAGGCUGAGGACAAAGAUGGAGACCGGGCGGUGCACCACGCAGCCUUUGGUGAUGAGGGCUCUGUCAUUGAGGUGCUGCAGAGGGGCGGUGCCGACUUGAACGCCAGGAACAAGCGAAGACAGACUCCAUUACACAUAGCUGUCAACAAAGGCCACUUGCAGGUGGUCAAAACCCUGCUGGACUUUGGCUGUCACCCCAGCCUCCAGGAUUCAGAGGGUGACACACCCCUGCACGAUGCCAUAAGCAAGAAGAGAGACGACAUGCUGUCAGUACUGCUGGAGGCUGGUGCUGACGUUACCAUCACCAACAAUAACGGGUUCAAUGCCUUGCAUCAUGCUGCCCUGCGAGGAAACCCCAGUGCCAUGCGUGUUCUGCUAUCCAAACUACCGAGGCCUUGGAUCGUGGACGAGAAGAAGGAUGACGGUUACACUGCACUGCACCUGGCUGCCCUCAACAACCACGUGGAGGUGGCUGAGCUGUUGGUGCACCAGGGCAGCGCCAGCUUAGACAUCCAGAAUGUCAACCAGCAGACAGCGUUACACCUGGCAGUGGAACGCCAGCAUACCCAGAUAGUCCGGCUGUUGGUGCGGGCGGAGGCCAAACUCGAUGUGCAGGACAAGGACGGGGACACACCACUUCACGAGGCACUGCGUCACCACACACUGUCCCAAUUGCGACAACUCCAAGAUAUGCAGGAUGUCAGCAAAGUGGAGCCCUGGGAACCUUCCAAGAACACAUUAAUCAUGGGCUUGGGGACCCAGGGGGCGGAGAAAAAGAGUGCAGCAUCCAUCGCCUGCUUCCUGGCAGCUAACGGAGCGGACUUGACCAUUCGUAACAAGAAGGGCCAGUCCCCUCUAGACCUGUGUCCUGACCCCAGCCUCUGCAAGGCUCUGGCCAAAUGUCACAAAGAAAAGAGCAGUGGCCAGGUGGGAACCCGCAGCCCGUCUCUGAACAGCAACAUCGAGUCACUGGAGGAGUGUAUGGUGUGUUCAGACAUGAAGAGAGACACCCUGUUCGGGCCCUGCGGACACAUCGCCACCUGCUCCCUCUGCUCGCCACGUGUCAAGAAGUGUCUCAUCUGCAAGGAUCAGGUCCAGUCAAGAACCAAGAUUGAGGAGUGCGUAGUCUGCUCUGACAAAAAGGCAGCCGUGUUGUUCCAGCCCUGUGGUCACAUGUGCGCUUGUGAGAACUGUGCCAGCCUCAUGAAGAAGUGCGUACAGUGCCGGGCUGUGGUGGAACGCCGCACCCCCUUCGUUCUUUGCUGCGGAGGGAAAGGUAUGGAGGAUGAUGCCGCUGAUGAUGAUGAUGAUGAUGAUGAUGAUGACCUUACAGGGAGCUCUAACACUAUGGCAGGGGGAUCGCAGGAUCUUCUCCAGCCCAACAAUCUGGCACUAAGUUGGUCCAGCGGAAACAUCCCAGCCCUGCAGAGAGACAAGGACAACACUAACGUCAACGCCGAUGUACAGAAGCUGCAGCAACAGCUCCAAGACAUCAAGGAACAGACCAUGUGUCCGGUGUGUCUGGACCGGCUCAAGAACAUGAUCUUCAUGUGCGGCCACGGCACCUGCCAGCUGUGCGGGGACCGAAUGAGCGAGUGCCCCAUCUGCCGCAAGGCCAUCGAGCGCCGCAUCCUCCUCUACUAAAUCUCCCUGCAGACUCUCUCACUUCUCUUAAAGUUCACCCCGACCACACCCGCAACACUACAACCACACCAGCUGCUGCUGCUGCUGCCGCCACCAUUGUCGCCAUGGCUCGACCAUCCUCACAGCACCCGAGUCUGCCAGCCAAGGGCGUCCUCAGAUGUCUUAUUCUACACAACAAAUGCUCUCUUAAUGGUCUGUCUGUGUUCACGUGGAAUUUCUGUUACAAAACAAGGAAAAAAUAUGAGUUGACUUUUAUCAGUUCUGCUGUUUUGUCACCGUGUUUCCUAAAUGCAGCCAGAAAGAUGUUGGCUUCACGGAUAUCGCUUUCCUUUUUUUUCUCGUGGUGUCUCUCUUUUCCUGUAAUAUCUUGCCAUCUCCUUCUCAUCUCAUAAUCUGUUUUUACUUGAUUGAUAUGUGAUACUUCUUUUCUCUCUCUGAGUCUGUGGUGGCACCUUCACAAUCUUGGAUAUGAACUUAAGGGCUGAGUCCCUUGCCAGGAUUUCAGCAUGGAACAGCUCGGAGUAUCAGAGAAAAAUUCACAGGUGUAGAGGUGAGGUGAGUUCGGUCCGUUACCUUUUGAUGUAAAGUUCUCACGCAUCUGUCGCAGUCAACGCCAGCUGCAGUCCAAGUUUUAUUGUAUUUGUAAAUCUUUAUGCAAGUGUAUCGGUAUUGGAAUCUCCUGAUGUGGAUUUUAAGUACUUAAUUUUUCAUUACAGUAUGGCUGUUAUGUGACACAAUACUGUUCGCACCAUUUGAAGGUUCAGUGAGUGUUUCUUAGCUUCACGUCUGUGUUCAGUUUGGCUGUUGUGACGCACUGUAUGCCAGCUGUCCUCGCAGUGGAAGACCAGAUGUUGGCAGUUUUGCACUAGAAAAGCUGAGUCAGGGUAAAAGCUCUUUUUUUUCCACUCUUAGUUAGGAGGUCCACUGCAGCUCAGUGAUAAAACUCAGAGAGUAGUCUGACUGCCAGGUAGCUCACCACACCCACCUAUGCUAAUCAGAGCGAGACUUUGUUUACCAAGCUGUACCAAGAACGGCGGCGGUGUUGCAACACUCUUUUGGCUGCCGUUGUAUAGGGUUUCAAGACAAACACAGACUUACUCAGCUUCUGUCCAGUGAUCAGCCCCCGUUGUACAUGUUUGGUGUACACACAAACCGAUGCAAACAUUUCUGUGAGUCUCUUGUCACAAUUUGCUGUUAAACUGUUUUGAGACUUGGUGGUAUUGUCUGAUCAAAAAUAAAAAAGAAGAAAAAGAAAAGAAUAGAAAAAAAAUGUACAAUUCAGCGAGCAUUGCUAAUUUACCAUUGAUGACUGUGUGCCAUUUGCUUCCAAAAAUCUACUGGUUGAAUAACUUGUAUGGGGAUAAGGUGCUCUUUAUCUUGUAUUACCUUUUUUUAUUUAAGUGUAUUUCCUUUUCUCAAAAUCAACAUUUAUUGAGGUAGAGAGUACAAUCUAAUAGAACACUAAGAUGAAAAUGUAGAGUAAAUUAUUUUGUAUUGCUGCCCAAAAAAUAGGAUUUAUAGGUAUCACUGCCUUCCUAAUAUGUAGCCUCAAAAUCUGUCGAAACAUUCUGCUUUGAUAUUAAUGUUGAAAUACAUUUGUGAUGUUUUUGUGUUUUUUUUUGUUCGCUUUUUUUUUCUGUUGACCGUAGCUUUCUUGAUAGAAACAUAGAAGCAUUUUUCUCUGAAAUAGGCCUCUGUAAGCCUAAUUUGUUUGUGUGAAA